AAGGAGGAGGGGUCGGACUCUAUCGCAUGUCCCUCCGCCGUCAGUUCUCCCAGAACCCGCCGCCGCCGCUCCGCACGGGCUCGGAGACGGAGGAGCCGCUGGAGAAGGCGUCUCAAUGGGCCCGCGCCCCGCACGAGUGGAUCACGCAGCGGGUUGACAUCGUGCGCGGCUUUGUCGCGAGCGACCUCUCCGACUAUGUGAUGCGCUUCUCGAUGCUGCUGCUCGGCGCCUACACGCUCUACCUCGCGUGGUGCGAGUCCUGCAAGGCCGACUACCUCGCCUAUCUCGCCGGCGUCGGCGAGGCGCUGCUCGACUUUGUGACGCUGACGCGCGGCUCCCUCGCGGGCGCGACGGUCGCGGUGUGCCUCUCCGUGUGGCUGCUGACCGUCCGGUGGAUGCGCCGGCCGGCGCCCAUCUACCUCAUCGACUUCAAGACGUACCGGCACUGCGGCGUCGACGGCGGCGACCGCGACUCCACGGCGGGCGUGCCGGCGUCGCAGGAGCGCUUUAUGGCCGAGUCGCGGGCCGCGCUCAACCGGUUCGGCGAGCCGUGCUUCACGGAGAAGUCGAUCGAGUUCCAGGAGAAAA